AUGUAUGUUGAAAUUAUUACAAAAUCAUCAGCAUCAUCUCCAAGUUACCGUCCGUACUACAGGGACUCGGUCACAGUCACGCUCAAGGGGCAAGAAACAACUCUAGUACAAAUACUUUCAGUCUUCAUGUCCCUCGACCUCUCCAACAACAACUUCAAGGGUAUCAUCCCAAAGGAGAUCGGCGACCUGAAGAUUGCGAACAUGCUGCAGCUGGAGUCGCUUGAUCUCUCCUACAACCAGUUCUCCGGGGAGAUCCCUCCAGCAAUGGCGUUGAUGUCAUUUCUCGAGGUGCUCAACCUCUCAUACAACCACCUGUCAGGGCAGAUACCGCAAGCAAGCCAGUUCCUGACGUUACCAAACACCUCAUUUCUAGGGAACGACAGGCUGUGUGGGAAGCCACUGGCACGACUGUGA